UCUCAGCGGCUCUUCUCCCAAGCAUUUUGGGAGUGUCAAGCGUCGAGUUUACGACUCCACCAGCGUCCACGUGGAGUGUGACGGCGCCGCCAUCAGAAACGGUAUCGAUCACGCUGGCUCCUGCGCCCGGCCACCAGUGCCCCCGGUGCUGGUUGUAUACGGCGCCCGCGGAGACGGCGCUGUGCGGGCGGUGUGACAAGGCGCUUGGACAGCCCGCCGCGGGACAGUAAAAUGGUGGGGUUGGGAUAUGGGGAAAUGAGUGGAGACUUGGCGUCAUAUCGCGCCCCAGAGAUCCAGAGAUCUGCUCCAUUAGUUUCUUUAUGGCAUCGCAAUCACCUGUCCGACACGCACGGCACAGACAGGCUACGGGCUGCCGACUGCGGCUACAAGGAGUCAGGUCGGAUCUGUAGUCGUACUCUCGCCUGGUGUGCGUGUCCACAUGCACAUGACCUCCUCGUUGCCGGUCUUGCCAAAAGGUCUGUUGUCGUGAUCAGAGGUGGAGUCGAGCCGUCCGCCGUUCCGCCGUUCCGCCGUAUCGCCGUAUGUCGUGUCGCAUUUGUCGUAUUUGUCGUAUUUGUGGUGCGCUGCAUCUCCCACGGAAAACGGCUGUUGUGCCUCGUGAACGGCGUCAUCACUCCUGCCCACGCCCGGUGCCCAGCUGCUCAGCUGCCCGAGAUUGCUCAUGCCAUGGCCUAUACACGGCGGUCAUGCCCGAGGAAUGCUAAGAUCUGACGGCAGAGGGGGCAUGGGGUGGUUACAGAUGCCCGAAGCCCUGGCCAGCCGGCGUGUCUGCCGGUGAUGAUGGAUGAUGGAUGAUGGAUGAUGGAUGACGCGCAUGUUGCGCAGGUAGAGAGGUGGAGAGUGGAGCGCGACUGCUAAACUGAGCCACUCCCAGUACCUGCCUCCCUACUAUCCUGCAUGAUCCUGCAACUCCUGCACCACAGGUUCAAGUCCUGCAG